UAAAGGCAAAGCAGUUGUCAUCGUCAGUGCAGUCGGGCUCAUUUUGGUUUCACUAUCACUUUGUGAAGAAGAGACAACACACACACACAUCCAGCAUGAAGCUCUGUUUCUCAGCACACACACUUGUGUAUUUGAUUAUCUCCUGCUGUGCUGUGAUCUUCAGCUCCUCCUUCAGCUCUGUGGAGGAAACCCUGAACCCACGCACCACAGUCCAGCUGCGCGAGCGCUCAGGGUUACCCGGGUUUGACCCGGGAGAUCCUGCUGCACCUUUCCGGGUUCAGACUCUCAACGGGGAGUUUGUUUAUCCGCCCACAGAGACCUCCAGGUCCUCCGUGAUCAUCCAUGCGUUCACGAAUAAAUCCGGUUUUCUAGAGUGUCUCUGGUCGUCCAACUCCUCCGUGUCUGAUCUCCUAGAGUUCCUUCCGGACAGUGCUGAGCUCCUCUUCCUGUCUCUGGAUGAUUCUGCGGCUCAGGAUGUAGUGUGGAUGAGAGAGCAGAUCUACAGGGUGGCUGCUGCUGGAGGGCACAGGGGAAAGGAAAUUUUAUCCAGGCUUCACUUCUCCCCCAUUCCUGUCUAUGCCUUGGGGAACUGGAUACCCAGAGUACUCUACUCGUGGGGAUGUGGUGGACACAACUGCGGUUUGGCGCAAGUGGUGUUCACUAGCCCAGAGUGGAAAGUUCCAGUGAUCACAAAGCGCCUGAACGCCAGGUACGACUGGCUGAAUGGGAGCUGGGAGAAAGUGCCAUACAUUCUGGUCGGGGCGGGCGACGGCUGUGAGCCCUUUCCUGCAGCUGCUGGAGCCGUGGCCUGGGUCUCUGAAAGCGGCUGCUCAUUUUUCACGAAGAUUAAAGCCAUGGAAGAUUCCAAAGCAGUCGGUGUGCUGGUUUAUGCAUUACCUGGCAACCCAAUCCAGGAUAUGAACUGCGCUGGAGAUGAGUGUAACACCACCCUGAACAUUCCUGCUGCGAUGCUGCACUGGGAGCCUGCUGUAGCUCAGGCGCUAUCAUCAGGGAAGCCAGUGAAUGUGACGUUCCAGGUCACUCCAGCACCCAAACUGUUUAUUGCGAUUGACCAGCAGGGGAUGCUGGCGGAAAUGGGCUGGUUCCUGUAUCCCACUUUCCGGUUCAUAGCCUGGCAGGCAGAGUGGUUCAACUUCAACACUGACUUGCUGGAGCGUGUGAAACAUCCUGCUGCUGUUGUUCCAGUCUUUAAUAACACACUGAUGCAAGGAAAGCAAGGAGCUCAGACCAUUGUGAAGCUUCCUAAAGACUUGUUGCAGUUUGACGUGCUGCAGCUGGACGCGGCAUUGUCGUGUCCUGGUCGCAGGGACGAGACGUGUGCUCACUGGGAUCACACAGUCCAGCUGUUCAUCUGCUGUGAUCACUCGAGUCCUUACUGUAACAUGGAGCUCGGCCGCUGGAUCACCGCCUUCCGCAGAGGAACGGGCCACUGGCUGACGGAUGUGUCUCCGCUCCUCCCUCUGCUGAACAGCGAGCGCUGUUCUCUGGUCAUGAAGACGCCGCCCUGGGCCAUGCCCUGGAUCACAUCCCUCAACCUGCGCUUCAGCCACAGCAACCAUUCUGGAAACUCCUCUGAGAUGCUUUACCCCUUUAAUCUGAUGUUUCUGUACAAGGGUGGAACCUUCGACAAGGAUUACAACUCCAGAUUUCAGGAGAUCACCUUCACCAUUCCACCUUCAACAAAAAAGGUGGAGCUGUAUGCUGUGAUCACAGGCCAUGGUAGCGAUGAUAACAAUUGCGGCGAAUUCUGCGUAACGUCGCACUUCUUCCUCAUCAAUGGCAUCCACAACAAUUCGCUGACAUUCGACUCUGCUGAUUUGCCGCUGGGCUGCGCCAUACGUGUGAGAGAGGGGGCGGUGCCUAACGAACAUGGCACAUGGCUGUACGGUCGCGCCGGCUGGUGUGACGGACUGCAGGUGGACCCCUGGAGGAUCAAUCUCACACCACAGCUUGACCUGAGCAGUUCCAACACCAUCCUCUACUUUGGACUCUACGAUGGACGGAACCCCAAUCCAACCAGAAACCCGGGCUACAUCAUCAUGUCCUCUUAUCUCGUUUUUUAUAAGUGAUUAUCAAACAUGCAUUCAGUGUGGAAAGAUUCGCUGUACAUUUUAAUGUCAUGAUUAAAAAUUUAUUUAAAAAACUAAAUUUAA